UUUACCUACAGCAGUCUAACAUCUGAGGGAAAGGCAAUGAUUGCACGAGAAAAAGCGAGACAUCGAUCUGCGCUAUUGACAUACUUGAACUCUAAAAAGAAUUCAUUUGAUGACAAACUUAACCAGAUCAUUCAAAUAGAGCAUAUGAUGGCAAGCAUUGAAGCUGUUUCAAACUUCAUGGAUAAGGAAAUCCAGUUCUUGGGGGUUUUCGGUCUUCUCGACAUGGGUCGAACUCUCAUCAGGGAGUGCCAUGUUAAUAAGUACAAGUUUAAUCUCUCGACUUGA